AUGGAGCCGGUGAUUCGUCCAGGCCCAGUUGAUCCAUCUGUUCUACGCUUGCAGACUUCCCAUAGGAGCCACGAUGUUUGGAGUGGCGUAGCUGAUAGAGUUCUCUCAGUUAGGGAGCAUAUGGUCAGCGUGGGACGUGAGUGGAGGGUAGAUGGCGGAGUACUAGAGUACGUGAGGCUUGCUGGGUUUUACGGUGUACAUAGGAUUUUGGGAGGAGGGUUUUUGCUUGAUCGAUCUCUUCUUACGGCGUUGGUUGAGAGGUGGAGGCAGGAGACACAUACUUUCCACCUAGUGGUAGGUGAGGCCACCAUUACUUUACAGGAUGUCUCCGUCCUGUUAGGUCUGAGAGUGCACGGCCCUCCUGUCAUUGGACCUCCAUUUGAGGGAUGGCAUGACCUAGUUGAGGAGUUGCUGGGAGUUCGACCUGGCCAUGAUGAUAACGGUAAGCCGUUUCUGGAGGGAUCUACUUUGAAGUUGACGUGGCUCAGACGUCACUUCUCACAGAUGCCAGAGGGAGCUGAUGACUUGACAGUUCAGCGCCAUAGCCGUGCUUACAUUCUCACUCUCAUGGGAUCUAUUCUGUUCGCCGACAAGAGUGGCGAUGCUGUGUCACUCUACUACUUGCCGUUCCUUCGAGACUGGGAGACAGCUUCGACCUACAGCUGGGGGAGUGCGACUCUUGGUUUUUUGUAUCGGCAGCUAUGUCGAGGAUGUCAGCGAGAUUCAAGACAGAUUGGAGGCCCGCUCAUCCUACUACAGUUGUGGUCGUGGGAGCAUAUUACUAUUGGCCGACCAUACAUUAGGAGGCCUCGAGAUCCGCCACAGGAGGACCCUGAGGCUGAGGAUGAGGAUGACAUUUUGGGGACUCAGCAUCAGCGAGGUGUUGACCCUUUGGCGUGCAGGUACAAUAAUUAUUAUUAA